GGCGUGAGCUGCGCGGCGGCUGGAAGUGGCUGUGCGGCGGCGACUGGGAAGGAGGCUGCGGCGGCGGCGGCGGCGGCGGUGGCCCGGGCGGCAGAGGACGCGGACGAUGGCAGACUUUCUGAAAGGCUUGCCCGUCUACAACAAGAGCAACUUCAGCAGGUUCCACGCGGACUCCGUGUGCAAGGCCUCGAACCGCCGUCCCUCAGUAUACCUGCCGACCCGAGAAUACCCGUCAGAGCAGAUCAUCGUGACAGAAAAGACGAACAUCCUCCUGCGGUACCUGCACCAGCAAUGGGACAAAAAGAACGCCGCCAAGAAGAGAGACCAAGAGCAGGUGGAGGCGGAGGGCGAGAGCUCAGCGCCACCCCGUAAGGUGGCCCGGACUGACAGCCCCGACAUGCCCGAGGACACCUAGGUCCUGUGCAUCACCCAUCGUCUGUCAGCUGUGUCCGCUCCCACCCACGUGUGUAAGCGCAGUCCGCCUCCUACAUCCAGUCCACGCCCUCCAACCUCAUAGGACCCAUGUAUUUAUUUUCCUUGAGUUUAUUUAUGCUGUAACUCGUGUCAAGCAUUGGUUAAAGGGACAUCAGGCCCAGCCGCGAGGUGUCGGUAGAUGCUUUUUAAAGCACAGUGGUGUCCCCCACCUGCAGCAAGACCUCGUCGGGGGCCAGAGCCCAGGGAGGGCUGGCCCCCCAACACACCGAGCGGCCUUCUCGCUCCUUCCCACCCACAGGCCCGGCACCCGGGUCCCUCCCGUGCCCAGGCCUCACUCUGAGCCCUCGCCAGGGCAGGAAAGAGCUGGCCCCUCUGGAUCUUUCUCUUUCAUCAUUUAUCAUGGACUAGCCCGUGCUCCACGUCCACCCCAAUAAAAGGACCUUUCCUACUCCACACAGCGUCUUUGCUCCGCAGACUUCGGCUGGAGCUGCUGGGACCUGCAGGAACCAACCCCUGCCCAGGGUCCUUGGGGUAGGGUUCCCUGGGAGACUAAGCCCAGGACAGUACCACAGGGCAGAUCAACAGCCACCCAACACUGGGCAUCAUAUGCAAGGCCCACCAGCCUCCGGCACUGGCUGGUAUCCAGCUGGCCACUUGGGAACAUUGCAGGGCUGAGGUGGCCACACUAUCAUGAGGUUUGGGGGAACUACCUGGAAUGGUAGAGUGGUUGUGCAUCCUCAGCCGUGACAUGGUACACACUGCAGGUAUGAAGUUCUGGGGACCCCACACACAGACUGUACCCUGCUUGUGAAGGCUAAGUUGUCUGUUUCCUAGGGGCCAUUACUUGGCUGUGGCCCUACUGACCUAUCCCUGGUAGCAUCUCAGCCUCAUAUGGUGACUUGACAACUGCGGCCAUGCCCUAUUAACUCCAGGGUGACCUUAUGGGGCUGGGGCUCCUCCUUGUACCCUGCCUCCGGAGGCCUCUCCUUUCAGACACAUGCUGAAGUUUCUGCUACUCUCAGGUCUUGGUCCAAAUUCCAAAUGCCUUCCCAUGAUUGCCUUGCUGUGCUACCACUGUGCACUCUUGGGAGUGUCACCUGGACCACCCAGGUCCCUGCAGGCUGGCCUAUGACCAGACUCGAGGCUCAGCAGGCUACUCCCCAUGCCUCUGUUCCAGGACCCCUAUGAGUGCGCUAUACUCAUGUUACAUCUGGCCGAGGUGUUGGGUGCCAUGUGUGUCUGUUCCCAGACCAGAAAGGCUCCGAGGACCUCCUAGAGGCCUCAUUCAGGAAGAACUGGGGUGCUUAGCCUCCAGCCACGAAUCUAGCAAGGCUCUUUCACUGCUCUGACCUCGAGCACUGUUGAAAUAGACUUUUUAUUGCAUUUCUGCCGUUUUACAAAAAUAUGACAAAAUAAAUUAAAAACAAAUAAAUAACCGCC